AAAAAUGAAUCCAUCUGAUUUUUCCCUCCUUCAAUCUAUACAACAUCAUCUUCUUAAUGAUUCUGAUAUUCCACAUAUAUUUUCAGUUAUUGAUUCCAAUAAUAGCCCUACCUCUAGUUUUAGUAAUUCCCCUAAUUCUACCCAAAAUAAUUUCGAUUAUGGGGAAUUAACACCAUUAAUAAACCCUACUACUACUACUUUAGAAUCCCCCGAAAAACCCGAGGAGACCGUGGCGGCGGAGAGUGUGACACACGCGCCACAAGAUUGGAAGCGGUACCGAGGAGUAAGAAGGCGGCCGUGGGGGAAAUUCGCGGCGGAGAUAAGGGAUCCGAAUAAGAAAAAUGCGAGGUUAUGGUUAGGGACUUAUGAGACACCGGAGGAUGCAGCAUUGGCUUAUGAUCAAGCCGCUUUCAAGAUUCGUGGCUCGAAAGCUCGGCUUAAUUUUCCUCAUUUAAUCGGCUCGGGCGUGCCUGAGCCGGCUAGGGUGAACCCUAGGCGUCGAUCGCAUUCGCCGGAAUCAUCAUAUAUAUGAUAAUGGAACACCAAGAAAACUAUAUAUUUGAGUGUUAUAUAGGUUUUGUUGUUUAGUUAAUAUAUUUUGAUUUAGAGUAAAUUUCAAUUUUGUAAUACUGGGAAACAAAUAAAAUAGUUAAGUCGUGCUACAUUUU